AGUGAGUGCCAGUGAGUAAGUGAAAUGAAGUUAAUGAAGGGUUAAGAUCUUCGGGAUAUAUCAUAAUCUGAGCUUCACUCUUUCGCUCAAUACCUUAAUAACUCAAUCCCACAUGCCAAUCAUGAGUAUUGAUAGGAGGAAGGCAGCUCUUUUUGGCACGGCAGCCGCUGUCCGACUGCUACUCUUUGCAUCUUUCCCCGGCCUUCCAGACUUGUUGACAGCCAGAGUCGAAAUUUCUACACCAGUAACAAGUUUUAAGAGAUGUAUAUAUUCCAUAAAUAUAUGUGGCCAUUAGACCAUUUGACUAAUUCCUCAUAGUACAAGAGGGCCUCUUUCUUUAUAAUCACAAUGUUUCCCCAUACGAUGGAGGUGUUUACCAUCAGGCACCAUUGUUCCUCCCCCUCUUCUCUCUCCUCCCGAGCUCCUCGAUAUAUCCCUCAUUCACGUAUCUAUUAUACAUAUUGAUCGACCUUUUGAGCGCGAAUGCUUUGAUCAACAUAGCAGAGUCUGGGGAGGCAGGAAAUUCGAGGCUAUUUACUUCUCCUAGGAAGGAUAAACGAUGGACCAGUUUCGCCAUUGCUGCUGCCUUUCUUUUCAAUCCAUUUACCAUCGCAACAUGCGUUGGUCGUCCAACAAGCACAUUCACAACUUGUGCUAUACUCUAUGCUAUCUCCAAAGCAUUGGCUGGUGCAUCUUAUACCUCAAUGUUCGCCAUAGCAUUCGCAGCGUACCUUUCUAUGUAUCCCGUACUUCUCUUCCCUCCUCUAGCUUUGCUAUGCUAUGAUCGUCAACGUCCUAGCAAGCGCCAAGAGUCUUUGCCAUUCUUCAUGGCCACCAAUGCUGUAGCUGUGGGCGUGUAUUUAUACUCGCUUUUGCACAUGUCCUAUAUAAUCACAGGAUCUUGGGAAUUUUUAUCAUCUACUUAUGGCGUCCAACUUCUACUUCCUGAUCUCACCCCUAAUGUUGGAUUGUGGUGGUAUUUCUUCAUCGAAAUGUUUGACUCCUUUAGGUCAUUCUUCCUUGGUGUAUUCUGGCUCCACCUCUCCUCGUACGUUGGAGGCUUGACCAUUCGGGUGAGACGCCAGCCUCUUUUUGUGCUCACAAUACUCCUUGGAAUUUUUGCAAUCUUCAAGCCAUACCCAUCGAUAUCAGAUACCUCGUUAUUCUUAGGGAUGCUUCCAAUCUACAGCCACCUAUUCCCGUUGAUGCGAUAUACUUUCCUGGCUUCUUCAACGGUGCUAUAUGCAACAUUGUUGGGUCCUGCCUUUUACUACUUGUGGAUUUAUGCGGGAAGUGGAAACGCCAACUUUUUCUAUGCAAUCACGCUCGUAUGGAGCCUUGGCUGGAGCGUCCUGGUGGUUGCCGAUUUACUCUAUGCCGUCCUCAGAGACGAAUGGGAAGUCGAACGACCAGAAAUGAAGGGUAAAGAAGCCAGACAGAUUUAAUUAUAGUACCAAGCAAUUGGAUUUUGCGGUUUAUAAUUGCCAAGCCGUUUUUCAGUUCCUUAUGUGACUCCAUUUAACCCAUACCAGGCCGAGA